CUCUGUCAUGUGUUUUCUGGAAAUCGAAACUAGGCGAGGUUUACAAAGCAUUUCCUGGGACGAGGCUGAAGAAAGCCACAUGGUGGAGCUUUUCUCUGCCGAACAGUCUACAGAAGGCUUCCAGUUGCAGCCAGGAAGGAGGCUCCAAGGACUGCCUUCAGCCACUGCCUCGCUGCCUCGCCAGUUGAGUCCCUCUCUUGCUCCCAGGGUUGGGCUUCUAGGCCAGGCCAUGGCUCUCCUGUGGCUCCUCUCUGUGUUCUUGCUGGUUCCAGGGACUCAAGGUACAGAAGAUGGAGACAUGCGCUUGGUUAACGGGGCCUCAGCCAAUGAGGGCCGCGUGGAGAUCUUCUACAGAGGCCAGUGGGGGACAGUGUGUGACAACCUCUGGAACCUUUUGGAUGCCCACGUCGUCUGCCGGGCCCUGGGCUAUGAGAACGCCACCCAAGCACUGGGCAGAGCUGCCUUCGGGCCAGGAAAGGGACCGAUCAUGCUGGAUGAGGUGGAAUGUACAGGGACCGAGUCCUCACUGGCCAGUUGCAGAUCCCUGGGUUGGAUGGUGAGCCGCUGUGGGCACGAGAAGGACGCAGGCGUGGUCUGCUCCAACGAUACCACGGGGCUUCACAUCCUGGACCUCUCUGGAGAGCUCUCAGAUGCACUGGGCCAGAUCUUUGACAGCCAGCAGGGCUGCGACCUGUUCAUCCAGGUGACAGGGCAGGGGUAUGGGGACCUGAACCUCUGUGCCCACACGCUGAUCCUGCGCUCCAACCCCGAGGCCCAGGCCCUGUGGCAAGUGGUGGGCAGCAGCGUCAUCAUGAGAGUGGAUGCUGAGUGCAUGCCUGUUGUCAGAGACUUCCUCAGGUACUUUUACUCCCGAAGAAUCGAGGUCAGUAUGUCUUCUGUCAAGUGCUUGCACAAGCUAGCCUCUGCCUAUGGGGCCACAGAGCUUCAGGACUAUUGUGGACGGCUUUUUGCCACCCUCCUCCCCCAAGACCCCACUUUCCACACUCCCUUGGACCUUUAUGCGUAUGCGCGGGCCACCGGGGACUCUGUGCUGGAAGAUCUGUGUGUACAGUUCCUGGCCUGGAACUUCGAGCCUCUGACACAGUCCGAGUCCUGGUCGGCUGUUCCCGCCACCUUGAUCCAGGCUCUCCUCCCCAAGAGCGAGCUGGCUGUGUCCAGUGAACUGGAUCUGCUGAAGGCAGUGGACCAGUGGAGCACAGAGACCAUUGCCUCGCACGAGGAUAUAGAGCGCCUGGUGGAACAGGUCCGCUUCCCCAUGAUGAUGCCCCAGGAGCUGUUCGAGCUGCAAUUCAACCUGUCCUUGUACCAAGAUCACCAGGCACUGUUCCAGAGGAAGACCAUGCAGGCCUUGGAGUUCCACACAGUGCCUGUCGAAGUGCUGGCCAAGUACAAAGGCUUGAACCUCACCGAGGACACCUACAAGCCCCGCCUUUACACCUCUUCCACCUGGAGUAGCUUGGUGAUGGCCUCCACCCGGAGGGCACAAAGAUAUCAAUACAAUCAGCUCUACACAUAUGGCUAUGGCUCAGCAGCUCGGUACAACAGCUACCAGUCCUUCCAAACCCCACAACACCCCAGCUUCCUCUUCAAGGACAAGCGGAUCUCCUGGUCAGCCACCUACCUCCCCACCAUGCAGAGCUGCUGGAACUAUGGCUUCUCGUGUACCUCUAACGAGCUCCCUGUAAUGGGCCUCACCACAUCCAGCUACUCCAAUCCGACAAUUGGCUACGAGAACAGAGUACUGAUCCUCUGCGGAGGCUACAGUGUGGUGGAUGUCACCAGCUUUGAAGGCUCUAAGGCCCCUAUUCCCACUGCCCUGGACACCAAUAGUUCCAAGACUCCCUCCCUCUUUCCCUGUGCCUCAGGGGCCUUCAGCAGCUUCCGUGUGGUCAUACGUCCCUUCUACCUCACUAACUCCACUGACAUGGUGUAAAUGGUACAUCUCAGUGGUGGGGACAAGGACAUUUCUGUGUCCCCUCCUUCACCUCCAGCUGCUUUGUAAGCACAAACUGAUUGUAUUCAAAUGAAAAUUUACUAGAAGGUUUCAGCCAGCACUCACUCCAGGACUGAGAGUCCCAGGGCCCUCAUUGCAGGCACAAGCAGGUUCCAUGAGGUCCUGUGGGAUUUCCUGUGCCUACUGCAGUAGCCCCAUCUGUCACAGUCACUAAUCAAAAAUCAUUAAAAUCUCAUGUGCUUCUCACGAA